AUGGGCGUCUCCACCGAAAUCCCGCAGACCGUCGAGUGGGCGGGGAAGAGAGUCCCCAUCUACCCCAUGGAGACGGUCGACUUCGGGCGAGUCCUGUCCCAGGAACCCGCCGAGCUGGAGAUCCUUCUUCGCUGCUGCCAGGAGCAGGGCUUCUUCUACCUCGACCUCAACGGCCUCGACGGCAGCCGGUUCCUGGACGACCAGCAGAAGACGCUCGACCUCAUGCACCGCUACUUCGAGUCUCCCAUCGAAGCCAAGAACGAGCUUGGCCUUGUCACCGCACAUCUCGGGUAUGAGCCCAUCGGCUCCCGGACGGGUGGUCUCCCCAACACCAGGGACGGCUACGAGAUGUUCAAGGUCUCCCGAGACGAGAUCCAGAGGAAGGACCCCAAGUUCCCCAAGAUCCUCCAGAACGACACCGACAAGGCGAUCCUGAAGAACGCCAUCUCGGGCUCCAACAUCGUCACCAAGGCCGUCCUCUCGGGCCUCUCCUCCGCCAUGGGCCUCGUCGGCGCCGCCCGCUACGAGAACGCCCACCGCAACGACCGCCCGUCGACCUCGACGCUGGCCAUGAUGCACUACGUGCCGGCGGACCCCGUCAAGGACAAGGAGAUCGGCCACCAGAAGCACACCGACAUCAGCUCCCUGACGCUCCUCUUCGCCGAGGAGUGGGGUCUCCAGAUCCGGCCGCCGGGGACCAAGGAGUUCGGCUUCGUGGCGCCCAAGAAGGGCUGCGCCAUCAUCAACGUCGGCGACUCGCUGCGCUUCGCCAGCGGGCACACCAUGAUGUCGUGCAUCCACCGCGUCGUGCCCUUCAACCCGGAGGAGCACCGCUACUCCAUCGCCUACUUCCUCCGCGCCGAGAACGAGACCAUGUUCACCGACAGCGAGGGCCGCUACGUCACCGCCGGCCAGUGGCACGACGAGAAGUUCUUCCUGUUCAAGGCCACCCCGGACGUCCAGGCCCUGGCGCCGCCCUCGAUGCUGUACGGCGGCAUGACGGCCGACGAGGAGUGGACUCCCUACGCCCAGCCGGUUGCCAAGGCGCACGCGUCCGAGGUUCCGGCCGAGGGGCCGAAGCAGGCGCCCGUGGUGAAGGAGAACCUGGUCAAGGCCCACUGA